CGAGAAGACAUGAACAGCAGCAAUUUCAUCACGAGAAGCAGUUCUUCGUAGCAAGAUGAAACGUCGACAGAUGCAAAUUCGCCGUUUUGGAUAACAGAUUUGGGCGACCAUGUUGAAGAAAGAAGUAAUUCUACUUCUUCUUCUAAUCGUUGACGUCAAUGCGCAAACGAAGACAACAACUAAAAGUGCGAAAACAACAGCAAAAACUAUAAAGACAACGAAGAAGGCAACAACAACGACGACUCCCGACUAUUAUUACUAUCUCUACAGUGAUUAUGAUGGUGGUUACUUCUGAAGUACAAAUUUAGAAAAAUGUCCAUCAUGGAUAGGAGAA